CACAGCCUUUGGGUGUGAACAGAGCUGUUGUCCUGGACUCUGAUGCUCCUCAUAUCUCGGAGAGUGUGCUUCUGUACGCGUGUGUAAGUGUGUAUAUUUGUGUGUGUGUGUGUGUUUGUUUGUUUGUGUGAUUGUAAAUGAAAGAAUCAGCUUGAGAUCUAAUCGGCAUGUCAGGCAUAUGAGCAACUCUAUGGGACAGAGCUUCUAACCUGAGAUAAGGUCAUCAUGUCCUCCACCCCGCUGGCAGAGACGGAAGAAGAUGUGUUUGAUUUGACAGACGCAGUGCCUGAGACCGAGCGACUGGACAGCAGCCUACAGAAAGCUAAAGCUCAGCUGUCUAUCAAAACCAGGAGGCACCGUCCCUCCAGGUCCCGUCUCCGGGACAGUCUCAGUUCGACAGAGGGAGAUGACAGCCUUGAUGGAAAGAGCUACAGUGGCCUGUUGUCCGGCUCCUGCUCACCUCUCCAUGUGUCCCUGCGCUGCCCCUCCCCCUUGUCUGACUUCCAUCCUUCCUCCUCUCCUGCACGGAAGGAUCAAGCCUUUAACUUUGAGAUAGCUGAGAGUGAAAAGAAAAAACAAAAGCGAAGGAGUGCAUGCUUACCAUAUCCCUCAUCUCCAACCCCCCUGAUCAGGGGGGACCAGGAGGACCACACCCCUAUGCACCACAGGGACCAUAUUAUGCAGGACCAAGAGGAUAGUCUCCUACUGUGCCAGGGGGAUCAUCUAAACCUGCAUAUCAAAGAGAACUACCACCUACAACACAGGGACCGUCCUCAACUGCACCCGGAGGACCGCACUGACCUUCACCAAGGUGACCCUCUCCUACGACACCUGGAGGACCACACACACCUGCAGCAGAGGGACCACACCCACCUCCGACAAGGUGACCAUAUCCAACUGCAAAAAGGGGACCAUUUCCAGAAGGACCGUGCCCACUUGCAAAAGGGGGACCAUUUCCAGAAGGACCACACCCACCUGCAAAAAGGGGACCAUUUCCAGAAGGACCAUGCCCACAUGCAAAAGGGGGACCAUUUCCAGAAGGACCAAACUGACCUGCAAAGAUGGGACCUUUUCCAGAAAGACCACACCCACCUGCACAACAGGGACCAUCUUCAAAAGGACCAAAGCUCUCUGCACAAGAGGGACCAUCUCCAGAAGGACCAAACCCAUGUGCGCGAGAAGGAACGGGUCCAGAUACUUGAAGAGAAUCAUUCUCCCCUGCACCAGAGGGAAUACUCUCAGAGUGAAGAUGACGCUCGUGAUAUCGGUUCGGAUGAGCCGAGCAGCCCGACGGUCCUGCUGGACAAGAAGACCAGGAGGCGUUUCCUCGAUCUCGGGGUGACUUUGCGUCGCACAUAUGGAAAGGUCAGGAGGGAGCGAGCCAGCAGACAUGCCGCAGAAAACCGGGAGCCGGACAGUGCAGAAAGCCGAUCCUCACGUUCCUCUGGUCCCCCGUUUGUGCCUUUCUCCUGGCUGACGGAGAGAAUAAGGGGCUCUGGUUCUCCGAAGAACUCCAGCCAAUCCCCAGCCAAGUCUCUAUCAGAGGACGAGGAAUUAAAAAACGACAGCAGGUCCAGCAGGAACGAGUCAUCGCAGCCGUAUCAGAGCCUUUCUGACCACUCUGAUGAGGGAAGGGAUGAACACGCAGAACCCCGCGUUGUCAAAAAGAAGACCAUCCUGCCGUUCUCAUCAGGCGGAAGAGACAGGACAGAGAAGCAGAACGGCAUCCAAAAAGACAAGAGGGACAACGGACACGACGGGGACGGACAAAAAUUACUGACCUCUCAAUCACAGUGCAAGCAUUUUGAUUUAUGAGUAAAUUCUUCCUAUUGAUUUUCAGCUGUAAAUACUGUAGGACCUCUUAUUAUUGUAACUUAUUCAG